AUGGUGCGUAUCGUUGCGUGUCGCUAAACACGUGGUGUCAGUGGCAUCGUAAACAUAACCUGACAUAACCUGCAAGUGAGCAUCUUAAACGACAAAAAUGUUGCGAAGGCAGGCACGAUUGCGUAGAGAAUAUCUCUACAGAAAAUCCGUGCAAGAUAAGGUGAAAGGUAUUCAAGAGAAGAAGGAGAAGCUGAAGCAUAGCUUGGAGGAGAAUGUACCGAUUCACCCGGAUCUGAGGAAAAGCGCGUUGCACGUGCAGAGAAAGAUCGAAUGGGAGGAUGCCGGACCGCAGAUGGCAAUGGCCAUGGGCACGGAGAUGGGCGGCGGUGCCGUGGCCAACCACGAGGACGACGAGUAUCGCUGGGCCGGCGUGGAGGACCCGAAGAUCGUCAUCACGACGUCCCGCGAUCCGAGCUCCCGGCUCAAGAUGUUCGCCAAAGAGCUGCGUCUGAUAUUUCCCAAUUCGCAGCGAAUGAAUCGCGGUAAUUACGAGAUGAAGCAACUGAUUCAUGCCUGCCGUGCCAAUGACGUCACGGAUUUCAUUCCUGAUACCCUGGUGAUUUCCCAUCUGCCGUAUGGGCCAACGGCCUACUUUACACUGUCUGGUGUCAUAAUGCGACACGAUAUACCUGAUAUUGGCACAAUGUCAGAGCAAUAUCCACAUCUAAUAUUUCACAAUUUUAAAACUAAACUAGGAGCGAGAGUGAUGAACAUUCUAAAGUAUUUGUUUCCUGUACCGAAGGAAGAUAGCAAGAGAGUGAUCAGUUUCGCUAAUCACGAUGAUUAUAUAUGUUUCCGCCAUCAUACGUACAAAAAGUUACAUGGAAAGGAUAUUGAAAUGACAGAAGUUGGACCACGUUUUCAGAUGAAGCUAUACGAGAUCAAAUUGGGAACCUUAGACACUGAAUCAUCGGCUGACACAGAAUGGGCUUUGAGGCCCUACAUGAAUACAAGUCAUAAAAGGAGAUUUCUAUCCGACGCAGAUGGUUGGGAGCAAGAAGAUAGCAUUUAAUUUAAUUGUAUUAAUAUAAGCAAUUGUUUAGUUGUGACAGAUUUUAAUAAUACUAAAUUAAUAUUUUUAUAUGUGUAAUAGAAAUGCUUUCUUGUACAUAUAGUACUAUCAAAUAUUCUCAUUUAGAGUGUAAAAAAGUAUAAAAAUAGCACACACACAUAAUGAAUAUAAAAUAAUCAUAAAUGAC